AUGAAUGAAGGGGCCGAAGGUAAUGAUGCUGAAGAAGUAGAAGGCAAUGGAGAAAUGAAUGAAGCUAAUGAGGUCGAAGUAAAUGAAGCCGAGGCCGGAGAGGCGAAUGAAGCCGAAGCCGGAGAAAUGAGUGAGGCUAAUGAGGCUGGAGAGAUGAGCGAAAAUGAGGCGUCGGGUGGCGUUGAAGGACGCACUCGGGGGACCAGUGGACAACAGGGUACCUCUCGCUUCCUCGGAGGGUCUCUCGAAUCUCUCCUCAACCUUGGACAGUCUGUCGUGGGAGGAUUUCUCGGAGGUCUCGGCAACCCCAACUUUGGAGCUGGUCCUGCAAGCCCAGGCUUCGGAGGUAGCCCCAUCGGCCCAGGCAUCGGAGGAGGCCCCGUCGGCCCAGGAUUCGGAGGCAGCCCCGUCGGCCCAGGCAUCGGAGGAGCCCCAGUCGGCCCAGGUUUCGGAGGCAGCCCCGUCAGCCCUGGCUUCGGCGGCAGCCCCGUCCAACCAGGCUUCGGAGGAAGGCCCGUCGGCCCAGGAUUCGGAGGCAGCCUCAUCAACCCAGGCCUUGUAGGAGGAUCCGUCAACCCCGGCUUCGGAGGCCUCAUCGGCAACCCAGCUACUGGCGGUGCCUGUCGCUUUAGCUGUCGCGCUCCCAACGGCAGGAGACCGUCUGCAAGCCACCUCUGGGCAUCGGGGGCUUCGGUCGCUGAACGGCGGUCGUCGGAGAACUCGAACCAGUUGUCCAGUCUCUUGGCUCUCGCUGCUGCUGAUGACAGCAGUUCAACAGGCGAGUCUAACGGAGGCGAUGACAACGGCGCUGAUGACAACGGAGCCGAUAGCGACAAUGGCAACGGCGAUGCAGGAGCCGCGUCAGACGUCGAGGGACGCACCAGGACUUCUGGGGCUGGGAAGCAACAGGGCAGAUUCUUUGGAGGGUUGGGAGGCUUGAGUCCUGUUGGAGGUGUUGGAGGCUUCGGUCCUGUUGGCGGUAUCAGUCCUGUUGGAGGUGUUGGAGGCUUCAGUCCUGUUGGAGGUGUCGGUGGUAUCAGUCCUGUUGGAGGUAUUGGGGGUAUCAGUCCUGUUGGAGGCAUCAGUCCUGUUGGGGGAUUUGGAGUUAACCCAGUAGUAGGAGGAGGAUUUGGUGUGAAUCCUAUUCAUGGAGGAGGAUUGGGCAUUGGGCCUGGUAUUGGAGGCAUCGUGAGUCCUGUGGCUCCUCCCUCCACAUGCCGCUACUGGUGCAGGACACCCGAGGGUCAGGCCUACUGCUGUGAGAACAUCAACCAGCCACAGAGUGCUGCUGGUGUAGUCAAACCGGGAUUCUGUCCCCCCGUUCGCCCAGUGUGUCCUCUUAGGAGCUUCCAGCCACCUUUCACUUGCUCUAACGACGGCGGUUGCGGAGGCAUCGACAAGUGCUGCUUCGACAGAUGUCUUGGCGAGCACGUGUGCAAGCCUCCUCUGGGCAUUGGGCGAUAA